UUUCUUUCUAGUCUUUUAGCACAAUUCAAAGGUAACAUUCAACUUGCUAAAUUUCGCUUUUUUUUUUUUUUUUUUGCUAGAGGCUAAUCGGCACCGAGGGAUAAAACCAAUGAUAAAUCAACGUCGUUCGGAAUCAUGACGCCAAGAGCUGUAUUCAAAAACAGCAAAAUUAUUCAUCGCCACACAAAACGAGGGACGGACGCGGUUCUUGAAAAAGCGCCUAUUGCCGUCACCGUCUUUAAAACAAAAGAGGAGGAAUACCAGGAAGUUCCGGGAAGACUCAUCAUAUUCAUAAUUCCCGGAGCAGCGGGGGGGGGAUGGGAUAAUGGCAGUUACUUUUGCGCAUGCGCUCAAAGCCGAGCGGUCGAGUCUGACUUAUCUAGGCGUAGGGAGAAAGAUGAUAGAGGCGCGCUUGCGCGGUACCUUCAAUAUCAGGUAAGGAUGGAUUUUCCAUCGGCUCGCCAAGCGGUGCUGAACGUAAUAAAGGGUGCGCGUGCGGGGGAGUUGCCUCGCCUGCUGCACUGGCUGAGAACAUCUAAUGACUUUGAUGAAUUUACAUGCAAUAAUGAUGAUAUCAUUCUCAAAAGUAUUGCUGAAGAUAUUCGACAUCGUUUGCCUGUUGAAGCAGUGCUCAAUUCAGAGCAUAAUGCUCUUCAAAAACUUCAUGAGCAGACAAUACCCACCAUUCAUGUUGAUGCUUUCCUUUAUGAUGAUGACUGUAUUGACUCUUUAUGUGAAGAAGGAAAGAUGAGCAGAAAUUAUUGUCUAGCUUGUGGCUCUCAUCAGACAGCACCAUUAGAAUUCAUUUCCCAUUCCUUUUCCCUUGUGGAACUGAAGUUCCUGUACCAGGAAGUAUUGCCUGACCUGACAGGGAAGGUUCUGGUUGACGUGGGCUCCAGGCUUGGAGCAGUCCUGUUUGGGGCCUAUUGUUAUAGUUCAGCAUCCCAGAUCUAUGGAGUUGAAAUGAAUGGAGACUUUUGCCAGUUGCAGGAAGCUAUUAUUUCAAAGUAUCGAUUUGAUGACAGAAUAAAGGUGAUUAAUGCAGAUAUUUGUACUCAAGCUUCACUUCUUCAGAAUGCAGACAUUGUUGUAAUGAAUAAUGUCUUUGAAUAUUUCCUUGACAGAUCAGAACAGGCUAGAGCAUGGAAAAUCAUAAGUCAAAAUGUAAGAAAGCCAGGGUCUUUAUUAGUGACUGUUCCAAACCUUGAAAAGUCUCUCUCAGAGCUUCAGGUGGACAUUCAGCUCAACCAGUGGGUAGAAGCAGUACCAGUGCAAUAUGAUGAAUUCUUAGAAAAUGCUGAUAGAGAAGCACUUGAACAAAUUUACUUGUACAGAAUUCUAUAGCAUACAAAAUAUGUACAUUCACAUCAUGUGCUUUUUAAAUAAAAAACAUUUUAAAGAAUGUUACAGUUUGUUAAACUUUGUGUUAGGGACUGCCUUUGAAAAUAAUAUGGAAAAUCAGUGAUGCAUUUUUGGUAAAUAAACAUGAAGGCAUUAAAAAAAGAA